CACAAUUUUCCGCCUUUGUGCUUUGCCAAUCCAUUCGUCGGAUAGUCUAUACUCUAAACCCCUCUCUGAAUCGGAUGGGCUGUAACGGCCAUUUAUCUCUCCUCCGCUAUCGCCACCGUGCACGGUGGUUCAAAAUCCUAACCAUUACUCAGUCGAAGCUCUGAACUUGCGGUUGCGGAGUAUCUUCUAUUCGUUUUUCUGUAUUAUCUGUUUGGCCUAUUGACUCAAUGAACGAACCAAGACUGCAGAACCCUAGAGCGGCCAUUGGAGGCAGCUUCGCUAGCUCUAAGCAAAUGUCAAACGAUACAUCUGCGGGAGCUUCAAAGUCCGCGCCGACCUCAAUACUCGACCGGUUUAAGACCAUGUUGAAGGAGCCAGAUGAGGAGGUUAGGGUUUCUUUGGAAGAUGGUGGUAUUUCGCCUUCCACUAUGGAUAUGGUUGUGAGGCUUUAUGAGAUUGUGUUGUCGGAAUUAACUUUCAAUUCGAAGCCUAUCAUCACUGAACUAACCAUAAUUGCUGGGGAGCAGAGAGAGCACGGCCAGGGCAUUGCGAAUGCAAUCUGUGCUCGUAUUCUGGAGGCCCCAGUUGAGCAUAAAUUGCCAUCUCUUUACCUUCUUGACAGUAUUGUAAAGAAUAUAGGCAGGGAAUAUAUAAGGCACUUCUCUGCCCGUUUGCCUGAGGUGUUUUGUGAGGCCUACAGACAAGUCCAGCCCAACAUGUUUGCUGCCCUGCGCCACCUAUUUGGUACCUGGUCAACAGUUUUCCCAUCAUCUGUUCUCCGCAAGAUUGAGGCUUGCCUCCAGUUUUCCCCAUCCACAAGCCAUCAAUCUUCUGGCUUGACCAACUUGAGAGCUUCUGAAUCUCCUCGGCCAGGUCAUGGAAUACAUGUAAAUCCAAAAUAUUUAGAAGCGAGAAGACAAUUAGUAGGGCAUUCAACUAUAAAUGCUGUAGGAGCUGAAAAGUUGAGCUCUACUGGUCGUGCCGGACUUAUAUCUUCUGACAUAGAUGCUGUAAAAUUGCUUCCUACUGCAGCUGCAAGGACUGUACGGCCAUCUUCUCCUUUUGGUGUGGGACGAGCAAGGUCACUCUCACCACCAGUUGAUGAUUUUGCUGUAGAAAGUUCUCCACAAAUUUCUGAAAGGCCAUCACCAUCUCAUUCUAGAAUAGAUUAUGGGCUUAAUGGAGUAAUGGCCGGAGAUGAUGAGACAAUUGACUGGCACAGAAAUCUUUUACAUGAUGAUAGCAGUCAGAGGUUGGAAAACUCUGUUGCAUAUAGUGUCAAAAAAGGAAUUGACCUUCAAGGACCUAGAGCUCUGAUUGAUGCAUAUGGAAUAGAUGAAAGGGAAAAAGCAUUUAAUUAUCAUCAUCAUAAGCUUGGUCAGCCAGAUGCAAAUGGUAUCGGCAAAAGGGUAGGUGUUAAAACAUGGCAAAAUACUGAAGAGGAAGAAUUUAAUUGGGAAGACAUGAGUCCAACACUUGGAGAUCCUAGUCGGCGUAAUGAUUUUUCAUCAUCUAUGCCACCAUCUAGGAGAUUUAUAACCGGACCCUCUGUUGGUUCUCUUCAAGCCAUAUCUGCUAUCAAUGAUUCCAGAAGGAGCUUAUCAGAUCAGGCCCAGCAUUCUUUAGUUAAGUCUGGACGAGGGAUAACUAGUAAGAUUCCAGGAUUCUAUGAGGAGGCAUCUCUUAUUUCAGCUCCAAGUUAUAGUCAAGAACCUCAGUUUCUGCCACAAGAUUUCCCACAGCAAUCCCAUCACCGUAUUAGGGUUGAAGGAGGUGGAAGAGCUCCCUCAAUGCUUUCAGGAACCGGACUUUCAACGAAAGUGGGUGAGCAAAAGCUUCAUUUAGUUGGAAAUUUAACAACUGCAAAUGGAAAAUUUUGGAGGCCCCCAAGUGUUGCUUCAAGAGUGAAUCCUGGUUUUAACUCUUCAGUUCAGGAUGUUCAAGCAGUUAACACAGGGCUUUCAACUGGUGCAUGGCCCACAAUAAGCAUGCACAAUCUGCCUCGUUUCCCUGUUCAACAUCCUGGUGCAGUCCCAUUAAAUCAUCAAAGGUCUGGACAAAUGUCUCUAUCACAACCACAGUUGCCGUGUCAUGAUGUUCUACAGAAUAAGGUUCCACCAGCUGCAAUUGCAGUUCCAACUCAUACUCUAAUGCCACCAUCGAAUUAUGGCUACACUCCACAAGGUCAAGGUGUAUCUGGUGUGCAAUCUACUCUGCCUAUGGUGAAUAUCCCAAAUACAUCUUUGCAGUUCACUGGAGCAGCCUUGGCACCCAUAGCUAGAGUUCCAACUCCUGCUGCACCUCAAAUGAUGCCUACACUUCAACCUUCUGGUCAAGGCACUCAAAGUGCUCCCCAAGGUGGUACUUUUUCCAAUUUGAUCAACACUUUGAUGGCUCAAGGUUUGAUUUCAUUAUCAAAUCAAGCUCCUCCAGAGGACUCUGUGGGCACUGAGUUCAAUAUGGAACUCCUAAAGGAGCGUCAUGAGUCAACAAUAACUGCUCUAUACUCUGCCCUUCCUAGGCAGUGCAAAACAUGUGGUCUUCGAUUCAAAUCCCAAGAUGCUCAUAGCAGUCACAUGGAUUGGCAUGUAACCAAGAACCGGCUAUCUAAAAACCGCAAGCAUAAUCCUUCUCGUAAGUGGUUUGUAAGUCUUAGUAUGUGGCUGAGUAGUGCAGAGGCAUUGGGCACCGAUGCAGUUCCUGGAUUUCUACCUCUUGAAGAUGUUGUGGAGAAGAAGGAUGAUGAUGAACUAGCUGUUCCUGCAGAUGAUGAGCAGAAUGCUUGUGCUUUAUGUGGUGAGCCUUUUGAUGAUUUUUAUAGUGAUGAGACUGAGGAAUGGAUGUACAGAGGGGCUGUCUACAUGAAUGCACCAACUGGGUCAACAACUGGGAUGGAUAGGUCUCAAUUAGGUCCCAUUGUGCAUGCAAAAUGCCGGUCCGAGUCUAGUAGCAGUUGCAUUGAGGCUUCGAAAAAACAUGAUGAGGGUUAUACAGAUGAUGGAGGUCUGAGGAAACGAAUGCGCAGUUAGCUUAUUUAGAUCAGCUUGUAGGUGAUUUGUAAUUUUAUCUGAGGGUCCAUAAUUGGUGGUUAACAUGCCUGCCUGAUUCAUGUACUUGUACAUAUCAGAUUUUCUUGCACAAAAAGGUUACAAAAUAGAUUUGCAACA